UCGUAGUGGAUGCGGCGGCGUCGCGGAUCCCUAAACCGGUUCGCUCGGUGCUUCGCCAGUUUUCGCCCCCGCGGCCCCGGCGGCACAACAACCGCUAGCUCGAAAGCAGUUUGUGUUCAGGUCGCACGGAGGCAAGGUGCAGGUGUUGGUGGUUCGUGUGGAGGACCUGCGCGCGAUGACCGCCGCCGUGGUAGCACCACGACGAGAAGACCCUCAACCUAUCAGGUGCUCCCACCGUCAGGUAGUGACGAUGGCGAGGUUCUCGUCGCUGCCGAUCGGAAUACCGCUGGCCGUUUGCGUGGUGCUCGCCGCUUCCGCGGUCGUCUGCUGCGGCGCGACGACGCCGGACUGCAGCGCGCCGCGAGACCUGCUAUCGUCUACGCUCGGAGGCGGCGAACACAGGUGGACCGAAGUGCUCGCCGCGUCGCCCACGUCCGGCGGCUCUCUGACGCUGUGUCCGCUGGCCUCGGGUCUCAACACGUGCUGCACGCACGACACCGAGCUGAGGCUACGAGAGGCCGCCUGGGACCACUUCCGCUUCCGGCUCCGGGACGCCACGGCACCGCUGCGACGCUUCCUGGACGACAGCCUGGCCCUCUUCCGCGAGCGGCUGUCCAGCCUGGUGUCCGAGGCUGAGCGCAACACGGAGCUUCUCUUCUCGGACGUGUACGCCGAGCGGGUGGCAGUCGAGGCACGGGCGCCGGUCAGGCGGCUGUUCCGCGCACUGCGCUUCCGGCUGGGCCUGUCGUCGGAGGGCGCCGAGUCGGCCCGGGAGGACGGCGAGGACGACCCCGUGGACGCCUUCUUCGGCGAGCUCUUUCCUCUGGUGUACUUCCACACGGUGAACCCGCGGCUGGCCGACUUCAGCGACGACUACAAGGCCUGCCUCAAGGGGGCGCAGGGAAGGCUCAGGCCCUUCGGUGACGCCCCGCUUAGGCUCAAGGGUUCCCUGGCCGAGUCCCUAGGCGCUGUUCGCACUGUGCUCCGCGCCACGCGACUGGCGCUCGAGGUGGUCAACGCGUCCAGCUCGCCGCCGGAGGACGCCGAGCCGCACUGCGCCCGGGCCCUGGCCCGAGCCCUGGGCUGCGGAGCCUGCGCAUCGCUGCCGCCCGCGACAGGGGGCAAAGUGACCAAAAGAAGUGGAAAGGCUUCACAAUUGGCCCGGACAUGCUCGGGGCUAUGUGUGAAUGCGGCCCGGGGUGGCUGCCUGGCUGCACUGGAGGACCUGGAAACACCCUGGGGUGACCUGGUGUCGUCCCUGCACCGCCUUCUGCCGCGGUUGGUGGGUGCUUACAGUCUGGACGAGGCAUUGUCACUGCUGGAUUCAAGGGUAUCUGAGGCCGUCAUCCACGCCAUGGAGAAUGGUCCUGAACUUGCCAAGAGGGUGAAGUUGGAAUGUGGCGACCCUCGGCGGCGCCCGGGUGGCGCCAACAGAACCGAGAACCGAACUGAGCUCCCUGCCGCAGCCGGGCGGCGACCCUCGGGCGCAACCCUGCGGGGCGCCGACGCGGCGCUGCGGUCGCGGCAGCGCGAGCUUCUGCGGCAGCUGAGCGCCUCGCGCACCCUCUUCUCGUCUUUGGCCGGCGCUGUGUGCGACCCGGAUGUGGUGGCCCCGCCACCCUGCUGGAAUGGCGUCCAGAUUGGACGAUAUGUAAAGCCUGUGGUCACACCUGGAAUAGCUGCUCAGCAUGAUAACCCUGAAGCAAGACAUCAAGUGUCAACCUGGGACUCCUGGUUGGACACACAUGCCCGUCGCCUGAAGGAAAUGACAACGGAAAUUCUCAACCACAAGGUGUCAAUGAUGCCAGAAUCGGACUCUUACGUGAUGGAAGGCAGCGGCAGUGGUGCCUGGGCAGGCGAGGACAACUCAGAUGACGAGGACUUUGACAGUGGCUCUGGCAGUGGGGAAGCACCUGAAGACGAUCAACCAUCACAGACAACCCAUGCCUCAACUUCCACCACAGCUCGUCCAAAGACAGGCGGCUCCACGACACCACAUGUGGCGGCACUGGCACUUAUCGUGGUUGUGGCAUGCUCUCUGCUGUCCACAUUUGCAACCUGAGGGAGCCGGGGUCUCCGCUGCUCGCAAGUUUAGGAGGGCCUGUGUGCCGAGCAAGGCCCGGCACCUUCUUUGUGGCAUUGUGAUAGAACUGGGCACGAGGAAUUGUGUGUUGAAAGCAUUAGUAUCUUUGAAUUUGUGUCUGUGCGUGGGCAAAGUGGACCAGGACUGUGGUGUUGCAGCCGGCAGCACUCUCCCACUGCAUCUUCUCUGGCCAGGGACUCCCCAGCUGUCUGUGGGUCUCGCAGCUCACGGGACAGUGCUGUGCCUCGAGUGUCUUCCUUCUUGCAGUUGCGCGACUUCCCAAAACAGUGGACGGUGGGACGGGUGGCUCACUGCCUGUUUCUUCUGCACGUGUGCCAAGUGAACGAAACCCAUUGCCUGGUCACGCCGCCACACCUUUCCUGCUCCCUGCUUAAAACGUGUCGUCAAGGCGAGGCCCCCCAGUGAUGUGUGGACUUGUGUCACAUCACUGCAGCUGCGCCCCGAAGUAGUCAUUUCCUGCAGGUGUUGCUGUCUUUCCCCUCCUGUGGCCUUACUAUAUGUGACUCGAGCUCCUCAGCUGCAAACCAUCAUUCUGGUGCAACUGAGUGCUUUGCGAGAGGCCAGUGACUGUAACUUUCGCAAGUGUUUUUUUGUUUUUCUUGUCUUGCAUACAGAAUAUGAUCAAUCAAAGGUUUCUCGUAAACUGCUAGAGUUGCUGCACGUGCUCAAGUGCAUCGAAUUGUUAUUGUGUGCACAAAUAAUGGUCUUGCUGUGCUUCUGCAGUGCUCUCACACACUUCGCGCUACAAAGAGCAGUUGUUUUUGGACCCCAAUAUCUGUGCAUGACGUGCCAUCCUUGUGCCAUAGUGAGCAGCUGCAUGUUGGCUAUCCUGCCUAUGGUUUCAUUGUUGAGUAUACGGAGUUCGAAUACCCCAUGGCCCACUCGAUUCAGUGGAGCUGGACUGCAGAACGGUUUCCUGGUUCCAUUGCUCGCACGUUUGUGCUGUGGUGCAAGCGUAAGCAUCAGCUGUUCAGUGCGUCUGAAAAAUUUGGCCUGUGUGCUUGCGAGCAAAGUGCCGCAUAAGCUGCUUACAGAAUGGUCGUCAGUUCAGCAACUACCUGCGGCAUGUUGGCUUCCCUUUCUUCGACUUCCUUAAAUUUAUUCAGUUUUUCAAUACACUGCAAUUUACUAACUUUUCACAGCUAUGAAACGUUGCAUUUCUGUGUACGUGGCUUUAGUAAUGAAUUUGAAUGUCAUUUGAUAAUUCUUGUCACGCUUUUAAUUUGAUAUCACCAUGUAGUGCAUUUUAAGUGCAUGAUUUCCAGGCAGAGUUACUGUUUGCUGCAAAAUUUUAUGAUGGCGAAGCGUUUGCACUUCAAAGAAAAUUUCUUCUUGGGUCUAUCAAAAUUUGCCCUGGGAUUUUAAGUUCAUACAAUGAGGUACUGUGUUCUAUCUAUGCAUCAACUUUCCAACAGUCCAUGAUUUGGAACGUGUUUCUGUUUUUAUGUUUGCGGCACUUGUGGCAGUGGCAGAACUUGUACGUCAAUUUUCUCAUUGCCACUAGCUUCUCAUUGAAUCUGGCUGCCAAGCGAAGCGAGCCCAUCUUUACACAACUAGCCAUGCUAUGACAAAACUAGGCCAUUUUUCUUAGACAGGAACAGAGUCCCUGGCAGUCGUCUUGGAGUUGUUUGUACCUGAAAAUUAUCUAUUAUGGACCAGUGCUGGCCAUUUCAUGCACAGGCAAUGCCGACGCCUCGCCAAAUAUGAGUCUCGAUGGCGGAAUUCACACUCGCGCAGUUUCGAGUGAAUUGGUUGCAGCACUUGUCUCCUCUUUGCAUGCUACAGAGUGCAUGUAAGCGAAUUAUUUUUCGAGCUUUGAUGAGCUGAGGAUGAAUUUUGUCUAAGAGAGAUGAUGGCGUGUCUUCAAGUAUAAACCGUUGCAGCACUAACUACUGGCAGACAUGUUGGCCUGCACGAAGGGCUGAGUAAUCACCAUGUGAAACAGAGUUGUAAUUAAGGCGUUGGUCAAAAGUGUGUUAAUAUAUUGAUGAGAGUAUGCCAUUCACCGUUCUGCUUGUGGGCGGACUGUUUGGCCUGUCCGAGCUUUCUUGUUUGCCGUCUGUGAAAGAAAUCUGCUGACAGCCGUUUCUCAUACUGUCAUGUUGCAACUGUGCCCUGUAGGAGAGAUGCACUUGCAUGGGGCACUCUGCCAUUCAGACGAACACAAGUGACAUGGCGUUGUAGUUUAUGCAGGAAAAGGAAGCUAGUAGUAGUAGUGCUCUUUUUAAAAAUAUGUGUUGUGGUCCAAGCUUUUUGUUCAGGUUUUCUUCGACACAUCGUUUUAUGGCAUUUAUUUGUUUGAAUACAAGGCGAGGUGCUUGUUUCAUGAGAAAAAAAAAAGUGAGACAGAGAAACAAUCUGAGAUGCACUAAAAGGUGGCACUCAAAGGAUGGUGUCCUUUCUCGAUAGAGCGAUUAAGGAAUUUUUCGUUAUGCAAGUAAUAUUUAAGCAGCAAUCACUUAUGAUGCUGAGUGCCAAAAGCCUGCUGCUGAUAUUCGCUAGGAGCCGGAGCAGCAGCAUCUAAUGCUGCUGCUUAAUAAUGAGACUGCUCAAACUAUUAACAUACAGCAGCUGUGUUUUAAAGACUCUUUGAAAAAUACAAAGGUAAAUAAGGGUCUUGUCUGUAGAGUGCAUCAAAUGUUCAUCGAAGCAAGGGUGAGAAAAGCUGUAGAAGGAGAUUUGGUUUCAGAGACUCGUGUUAGUGUUUGUGGUUGGUGAUGCUUUAAAUGCACACUGGCAGUGUGUCUCUAGGCUUUGUUAGUUUGACACCACACAAAGGACGUGAGAGCUGGUCUGCUCCAACUAGGCUGUUGUUUUAAUGAACUGUACUGCUGCCUUGUUUUCUUGCGCAUAAGUGAACUUGAACUGCAGUUGUAUGUUACAAAGCAAACUCUCGCUAUAUACAGCACCGUACUUGUGAUAUUGACCAUACCGAUCACUUCAUCAGCUAGACUGUGUGCAGCUGCCCACAAUUUGUCAUCUGAUGUUAUUUAUAGUUACAUAAUUUUGCAUAACAUGGUAAGAAGUACUUUUAUUUGACACUUAAAACUGACUGUCUCAAAAUCUAGGAAGCAUUUUAUUUAUUGAUACGAGUUUGCUGGUAACAAGGGUGCGCUGUCCAAACUUUAAAAGGACGAAUUCAGCGUCCCUUGGCAUAAAUCUCCCUCGCAUUGAGAGUCUGUCAACCUGUCGAUACAUUGCGUGCUUUCUUGAGGAGAGAACCUUUGGAUUGUGGGACUUGAAUAAUUGAAUUUAGGUUCUGUCAAAAAGUGGUGCCUUUAUUGGGUUAACGUGACAAAACAGGACUGUGGAUUCUGUUGGGCCGUUGGAUGUUUUUGGCAUCAUCAGCAUUCACAUUGGCAAUUUGGCAGGCAGUAGCAUAAAACGUACUUGUAAAUGAAUUUUUUAUCUGGAUUCUGAGUUAAGCAUUUUGUUUAUGGUGUGUGUCUAAUUAUUGCUGACAUUUACAUUUCCUCUAGUGCGUGUAUGUGUCUGCUACGUUCAGAGGUAUCUUGAGAGGUAUUUAUGGACAUCGUGCAUGAUGACUGGUUAAAGUGCACUGCACGCAUAUAUGCUAUACGUGCAACUAGGAGUUGCUUAUCUAAAGCAAAUUUACAGUAAAUCGGCAGCCAUGAUCUUGAAAGGUUGUGCUCAGGUUCGCCGUGUGACAUAACAGGAUACUGUGGUGAUGAUUUCACAUAGUCUUUGUUACAUGACAGAACGAAGUAGAACCUGGCUGUUUCUAUGCAUUAUGGAAUAUGUUUGAUACUGUCUUCCUUCACCUACUGAUGCAUUUCAGCCAGUAAAGCAAAAUGAGGCAGUUUAUUUUUGGCACAAUCUUCUCAUGGUACAAGAACUAAUCUUGUGAUGGCCGAUAAAGAACUGUGGACCCUCUUGACGCCAAAGUACUACCUUCAGUGGUUCUACUGAGGGGUCAAAGCCUUUAGCUGUGUCUUGGCAAUGCACAGAAAAUAAAUGUAAAAUUACACUCUCUGUGAGGCAUGUCCAAGAAUGCUUGCACAGCACUCUGGCAGUUGAAUGAACUCGAUCAUAUUGAAUCUGCUUAAGUAAAAUUAUUUCUUAUACAAAAUGUUUCUUAACAUUGUGAUUACAUUGCAGCGUUUAUAGUUGCAUAGAAAUAAAUUGUAUUGUCAAACAAUUGAUUGAGCUUGACACAAGACCAAAUUGCUUUGUAAAUUGGCAUUUCGAUGUGUAGGGGCCACUGCCAUGUUCAUCUUGGUGGACAAAAUGUUUGCCUUACUGUAAUCAGUACUGCAGAAGUCACCAAGAACUCGCUGCAUCCAAGUUGCAGCUAAGUUGCAAAAGUGCAGCAUUGAUGUGAAUUGCUUGGAAAAUUUUUCUGCUCUUGUGAUUUUAAAGGUUACUCUUGCAUAGUGUGUCUCACAUGUAGUUGAACCUUCACAUGUAAAUUAUAUACACAAGUAUAUUCUUGAAAUGUGUUGCUUAUUCGGGUAUUUCCUAUAGAAUGUGGCACAGCAGCUACUGGCAGCCUGCUGGUCAAGGCUGUGUUGUAGCUAGUAAUUGCAACAUUCAUUUGCAGCUUUUCACUGAGUGCACCUCUUGCUUUGAUGAUCCUGGUUUACGAUGCCAGAUUCCAAAAGUUUUCUUAGAUUAUGUAAAACAUAGGCGUUCCUGCAGAAAUUCGCAAACGGCUCACGCAGGCUCUACGCUAUUAGUUUCUCAGCAUAUGCUCAAUGCAUAGAUACGAUCUGCAUCUGUGAAUUCUGCUUUUAACAGGGUUCGUGCUAAUUGUAAUUUCAUUCACGCUUUAUUGAUAUCUGCAAGCUACAGCCCACAUUUUACAAGUUAUAUCUUUCUAUUGCAUGUUUGUAGCCAUGGGCAGGAAUCCAGGUUAUGGUUUGUGUUUUCAGAUGUUAAGUUGUUUCCUUACGGUUAAUUGCUUUCCUGCCUUUUGAAGGUCCUUGGUGGGAGCACAAAUUUCUUUUAUAACUGGUGAUGCAACAAACUUCAAAUAGCGUGAAACCAUAGUAAAUGUGAAAGUUCAAUCUGUGACUAAAUUAAAUUUUUGCAAUGAAGUUAACUUGCGAAGGACAAGCAGCCUUUUUUUCCUGUUGUGUUGUCACUCCAUGGUGCUAGGCUUAAGGCAUGUUUGCCCACUACCAUUUUCAUGGCACUACAUAUAUAGCUAUGAUCAUUGUUAUUUGCAGUUUCUAUAAUCUUUCUGAAUUUUAUUCGUAUUUGCUGCAGAUGUCUGAAAAGGACAGGUACAUAUUUACUUUAAACGCAUAGGUCUUAAAAUCCAGUGAAACUAGCAUUGGGGAAACAGUCUCACUGGCUGCGAUAAUAUUGAUACUAACAUUAGCAUAUUGCUUAUACGGUUGUAUAGUUAGUGUUGCCUGAAGCACACGUAUCGAAUGUGAGGUGUAGUCAAAAGCGAUCAACUGAUUGAAACUGUAAUGCAGUUUCAGCUUCCCAAUUGUAAUUAUGCUUGAGUCCAUUUCAUAGUGAAAUUGUGGGUCAUAAAAGGUAAAUUUGAAAUAAAAGAAUACGGUGUCAAGACCAUCCACCGAUUAUUUUAUAAACUCCAAUGGAAGUCCACGUCUUGAGUUGCAUCUCAAGUUUGUUGUGUCACCAGUUACAUAAGCAAAAAAGCUUUUGCUAGACAAGUGUAGUUUGAUAAUGUGAAUGGAUUGUGUGUACAGUGUUAAGGAUCUGUAUGAAAAAGGUUGUCGUGUGCACCACAACUUGCUAAGGGAAAUUGGUUGCUCCACAAUUCUGGCUAUAGGCUCGGCAAUUUCCGGCAUUGAAGAGCUACAAUUGGCACUUGUGACACGAGUACAUUCAGCUUGUCAUGGUUACCUGAUGUGUAGAAUUGCAGCAUAUUUCACUGUGAUAACCAGACAUGUAAAUUGCUGCUGGGUGCACCAAAUCAUAUAAACUUCUCUCUUGUUAUGCAGUACCAUAAAACUUGCUUGGAUAGGUGUGUGCGCUGGAUCAGUUUUCUGUUUGUGCAUCUAUGUCCGGACAAUGAUACUAUUGGCUCAGAGGAAAAAAGUUCAGGGUGAGCUGUGAUACAAAUAAUGUAUAAUAGGCCUCUGAACUAUUGCUCUUCCACAAAACUGUGUCGUUUUAUUUGCCGAGAUUGGAAAUGAAACUGGCUCUAAAAAAUGUCAUUCAUAACCUGAAAACAGCAUUUAAAGGCCCAAGCCCUUUAAUCUUGCUUAGGCUAUGAGCCAAUUACCAUUAGAAAAAAUAUAUACAGUAACUCUGCUAUGAAGUUAAAUCAUUUAAUAAAGAGUAUCGUUUACAGGAUACGUCGCUACAAUAUUUUUAACAGAAUGAAAAUUCCUUGGGGAUGUAAAUGUUAUAUUCUGUUUGGACUGCACAAGUGUUAACUGUACAAGAGAAGACCGCACAACUGGCAGGACUAUUUGAUUUUAGUUCAGUACGGUAAACGGAGCAUAUGAUGACCAUUUGUCUCUUGGGCCAUCAUCUUGCCAUUUUAGCCUGGUUGGGAACAUGAAAUAAAGAAAAAGGACAUAGUGCUGGAAUAGAAGUAAACUUGUGAACAACAAUACAGGGAAUAGUCAGUAAAUAAGGCUCAUUCUUAUCAGAUGACAUCCAAAGUAGUAGUAAUUGUAGGCUGAUUCAGUGCCUUCGUACUUGUACGCUUAUCUGGAGUGCCAUAAGAUUAGGUAUAAAUGCCUGUGAAUGAGAGUUUUCUGUUUUGUAUUGGAGUAUAUUGUGGCAGUGGACUUGCACACAAUCUUGCAAAUGCACCAUUAGUAGUGUUUAUUUACAGCCCAAGUACCACUUACAAAAAUGUAUGACAAGCUAAGCAACUUGCUCACCUGUUUUACCCCAAUAAGACUCGUUAUGUGGUUAUCAGGUCCCUGUUCGUACCCAAAUGCCAUUGUACCAUCACGGUCUUAUAUGAUAACAAGUGACAAUGACAAUCAUAGAGUUUGGUAGGAAGCUUCUUUUUUUCUUGAGCAGUCGCUGUAGCCAAGAAAAUUUCAUGUGCUUCACACCAGCACAUCUCAUCCUCAAUACCAUUUCAAUGUGCUAGUAACAUGUCUUGCACAACAUGUGUGCCAAGUUCUGCAAAGAGUUAGCAGGGCGUUUCAUGCCAAAGGCAGUGAGCUCUGGAAACCGUGUGUGCUUGAAAAAACAAACAUUGUACUGACUUGGGAACAUGUUUCGUAAGAGUGCUUCAAUUUGCAGUGAACAAGUUGCUGCCUGCAUGAGCCAAGCAACAUACUGAUGAUUGUGUGGCCAGAAUGAGAGUAAACAGAUUGUCAGAUUUUAUUAUCUUAUGAUCGUUUAUAUAUAAUUGGAGCUGGUGAAAUAACUAUGUUGCUUGUAGUGCCCCUUCACAAGUGUCAUGCAGAAGUACAUUUGCUCCAACCAAUAUGCGUGCUUAGGGUUCACCUGAAAGUGAAGUCUAGAUAUGUUCGGUAUCAUAGCAUUAACCAAUCCAUGCUUGCCAGAGAAAACAACGCAGCAUUAGUGUUGAUAUAGCUAAGAUGAAAAGCCAUUGAAGGAGAGGCCUGGUGUCAAUGCAGUUCAUGUAAAAUCAAAGAAUGCUUUGGUUUUCACACUGUUGAAGCAUUAUAGUGAGAGAUAUUGUGUGACUAUAGGAUAAGGGAAGUGUAAAAAGUUCAACCGAUGCUCAUUGUAUUGUUUUUUGCUUUCUUUUUUAUCACACUUGAUGCUAGAAUAUACUGUGCUAGCUUCUUUCUGUGUUUGUGUUUGUGUGUGUAUGAGCAUUUAAGUACAGAGCUCCAGUCCUGACCUAUGCUGCAGCCAUGAUAGUUGCCAGAGGGACUAAAUGUUGUGUGUGAGUACCCACUGUGUUGUGGCAAAUGAAAUUGUUCUGGUGACCAAAUUUCUGCUGGACAGCAGAAAUACUUGCCACAAAAGGCACAAGAACCAAGCUGGUUGUUUCCUUAUGCCAGAUAUUGCGCAAUUAAGAGAGCCAUCUAUAAAGGUUUACUCUGUUUAUACCACCACAUGGUUUAUAUUUAAAUUUUUCGCAUAGGUGGCAUUUCGCAGUACUUUUUAUUGCCACAUUUAGAUGCAACAGUUGCCUAUGUUGCCUGCAAUCUGUUGCAACUAGUCCUUGCAGCAAUGUGGAACUGAAAUAGUUGUUACAGUGACAGAAACUGUGGUGCUCACACUGUUAAAUAUUGACAGAGGAAACCACCAUUCCACUGCUGAGGUAAUUUAAGCUUUUUGGCCAACAUCACUGGAUAUGACGAGUACAGAGUUAUAUUAGGCAAAAUGGGCAACUAUUGCAUCCCAUAACUGUUUCAAACCAAAUAUGCUGCAAACCUUGAGUGCAAACAAGCAGGUGGUUUUGUAACUUGAGCAAUUUAUACCUGGCUUCUUCAUUCGUGGAACAUAAUGUAGCUCAAAUGCUUGUCACUGUGACAGCCAACUUAUUGUCUUCUGCCAUGUUACUGGUGUGGCAAAGAUGUUUCUGUCGUUAUGCUGGAGGUUUUUGUCAACUUUAUUUGAAUAGCACAUGUGUUCUUCCCAGGCAUGCUUGUCUGGAAAGGAAAGUUCGCUAGGAGUUAUUUGUUGUCUGUAAUUUAUUUGCUUAUUACUAAUUACAAAUGAUAUUGUCUCUUGAAUCGGCAACAAAGUCAUUGAGCAUCUGUGUAAUUAUAUUAUCGCUGGCGACAAGCUUGACGAGUGCCAUUUUGUUUGUUUCUGGCUGGUGUUGAGUGAGAUUAUAUGGUUUAUGUAAUGCAGUGAGUCAUGUGAAUUGAAUGUGUUGAUGAUAAUCAAGGCACUCCAGGAGAGACAUAUGAGCUUGGCUGUAUGUGUUGCAAAUGCUGGCUAUGUUGUUGAAAUGUGUUGAACAGUCUAGGUCCCUCGAGAUGUUUUUUGAGACUUUCCUGUAAUCGGCUAGCAUUGGUAUUUAAGCUGCCAUCUGAAGUUUUUGUCAAAUUGUAUGCACAUUGUCUUAUGUUCGUGCUUUAUUUUGUUUGGAUUCCACUGUGAAUGAUGGCAGUGUAAGUGGAGUUGAUACUAUGGCAGUAAAAGCAUUGAAUUUACAAAAAACA